UUUUUAUGAUUCGUUUAUUAUCUUGUUUAGUGUUUUUAAUUAUUUUUUAAAUUAUUUUAAAAAAACAGUUAUAAUGUUAAAUACAAUCAAUGCUGAUGAUAAUAAUGAUAAUAAUGUUGGUGGUGGUAAUAAAUCCAAUCCCAAUGAUAAAACAUCCUCAAAUGUUUCAUCGAAAUCAACAACAACAGCAGCAGCACAAAAUGUCAAAAAUUUGACAUCAAAAUUAUUAUUACGUUCAACAUUACUUGGUUCGAUGUCAUCAUUGUCUCGACAUAGUAAUCAACGAUCACCAUCUCCAGCACAAUUGUUUAUGCAACAACAUCAACAUCAACAACAACAACAACAACAACAGCAUCAGCAGCAACAACAAUUACAACAACAACAAUUACAACAACUACAACAACUACAACAACAGAUUUUGGAAAAACCAUCAUCAAUAACAUGGCCACAAUCGACUGUACAGCAUUCAACACAAACGACGACUUCAUGUUCUAAAUCAACGAUCGAUUUGAAGAAGGAAGAGGAAAAAAAUUAUCAACAAGAAAAACAAAAACAACGAAAAAACAAUAACAUUCAACAAUUACGACAUCGAAGAGAAUCGAGUAGUUCAAAAACAAACAAUAAUAUUGAUGAAAAUGAUAAUAAUUUAGUUAGUUCCAAAGUUAAUCCUCAUCAUCGACAAAAAAUUAAUGAUUAUUUUCCAACAAUAAAAAUGUCACAAACAUCAUCAUCACCACCACCAACACCUCGAUCAUCAAGAUCAACAUCAUCGGCAUCAUCCUCAUCAUCAUCAUCAUCAUCGACAUCAAAUGUUUCAUUAGUUAAAAAUGGUAUUGAUUUAGGUCCAAAAAAUGGUGGUAAUGGUUAUUAUAAUCCAGCCAAUACAUUUCCAAUACCGGUUAAUCGAUUAUCAAAUUUUUCAAAUAAUAAUCAUUGGUAUCCGGAACAGGAAACAACAUUCAGUAAUACUAAUAAUAAUAUGAAAAAUCAAUCAUAUAUGACACAAACGCAAACAUUUUUGGCAUAUCAUCAAAAUCAUCCAAAAAAUACUAAUAAUAAUAAUAAUAAUAAUAAUGGAAUUAAUGGAAAACAUUACAAAAGCAGUAAUAAUAUUAUCAAUGAUAGAAUGAAUGAACGUAUCAAUUCAACAACAGUUGCUAUUGGAAUGUCAACAAUGUUUAGUUCACCAUCAUUAUUAGCAUUAGCACAGCCACCACCUUCAAUUAAUUAUCAAUCAAAUUCAAUGUCAAGAUCAUAUCAAGAAAGAUUGGAUAAUUCUGUCCUGAAUACAAAUGAAAAACCUUAUUUAUCAGCAAAAAAAUCACCAUUUCGAAAACAUCCAUUGAUUGAAAUUACACGUACACGUGCAUUAAGUCGAGCAAAAUUGAAACAAUCAUCACAGGUAUCAGCAUUACUUUCCGGUUUUGCAUUGGUUGCUAUGGUCGAAAUGGACAUUCAAACACCAUCAACAAUACCAUUAUCGGUAUUAAUGUUUUUCAUCACUGUUACAACAAUGCUUGUAUCAGUUCAUAUGAUUGCAUUAAUGAUUUCUACCUGUAUAUUACCACAUAUUGAAUCGAUGAAUGCAAUGCAAGAUUUAGCAUUAACAUUAGGCACGAAUGAUAAUCCAAUAAUUAAUUUUAGUGAUCAUGAUGAAACAAUAGUAACACCAUCGGGUAUAAUACCAUUAAUAAAUGAUAAUCAUAUUGCAUCAACUGUUAAAGAAACAAAUGUUGCUGAUCAAUUAAUGUCCGAUGCAUCUAUUUAUUAUGGUACAACACCACAUCAAAAAAUGAGUCGUUAUAUUUCGAUUGCAUGGUUUUUUUCCACUGUUAUUGGUAUAUUUUUAUUUAUGCUUGAAUUAGUUGCAAUUGUUUGGGUUAAAUUUUGGGAUCAUCAUCGUGAUACAAAUGAACAAAUCGGUGGUGGUCAAAAUGAUAACAAAAAUAAUAUUAACAUUAAUAAUAACAAUAAUAAUAAUAAUCAAUGGCUUUCCGAUGGAAAAUUUGUUGCCAUUGUAGCAUCAUUGAUAUUAAUACCAGUAUUAUUGGCAUUAAUAUUUUUUGCUUAUCAUUUUUAUCGAAAAUUGGUACUAAUCAAAUGGGAACUAACACAAAAAGUUUUAGAUGAAUUAAAUAAUAUUGCCGAUGGUCUUUCUGCUGGUGAACAUAUUUGAAGAUUUGUUUUUCAAUUUUCGACAAAAAAAACCAGAAUUCAAACUUUCGAAUUUUCUUCUACAUUUCCUACUGAUUUUGACUUAUGAAAAUCUUUGUUUUUCCUCUUAUAUUUA